AUGGGCAUCACUACUGCCCAGGCCAUUGGCAUCGGGGUAGCUGUUGGCUUUGUUGGAGCCCUGAUUCUGAUGAUGAUCCUCUUGUGCAUAUCCCAUUGCUCAUCCACCGAGACCGUCCCCUCCGGUCCUGUUUUGCUGAAACGGACAGAGUCUUUACCCAAAGUCAAGCAGCCUAGCCCUAACCCCUGGGUCUUGACUGCGCCUCGCGAUCCGGCUUCUUGGAGAAACCCCAUCACCAACUCGCACAGAGCGCUGCCCGACCGUAUUCGUGAUUUCACAACCCUCCAUCAAAUCAGCCAGGGCGUCGAUUUCGAGAACAACCUCCAGAUUUUUGCCGAGAAUUAUAUUAUCAACAGCCGCCACCGGGAACAGCCUCUUGUCUCACCAUCCAUCUUUGACGAAGAUGAACUUGUCCGCCUUGCAGGGGAGCCCGCCAACGGCGGAACUUGGUCCGAGACCAUCUCCAACGUGGCUACGCGAGGCGCUGCAGUCAGGUGCUUCCUUGCGCAACUCAUCUUCAAGCGCAUGCAUUCCAUCUGUCCCGUUCAAGAGUCCCUGCUCGCUCCAGAGAUUUUAAGCUGUUAUCAACUCGUGUGCCGAAUCUAUCAGAACCCAUGCAGGGAAAACAUUAUUGGUGUUUGGCGCGAGUGUGUAUAUCUCUUGCAACAGUCUCCUUGGCAGCUCGGCCAUCUCCCGCCCUGGCGUUUUGAUGAAAAUGACCCUCGGAAAGAGAGAACUUGGGCCAUGGUCCCCGCUAUUGUUAAUUCCCUACACCUUGAAUCUCUCCGAAAUGAUCUUGAUCUCAAGGAGGAUUCACUGGAGGUAUCUAUAGGCAAAAUUCUCGAGAAGGCUGCUAAUGCCGCCAUGACCCUUCUCGGCCAACCCUCUGAAUGGGAGGCUGUGUGGACCUCACCUGAGCCAGGGUUUAUUGUCUUCCCAGAGGUGAGGUUUACUUGGAACGGCAAGACCAAGUACUCAAAGCCGGCCGAGGUGGAUGUCAACGUUCCCAAGCCAGUGCCUUCCGACAACCAUGACCAGCUUCAUACCGAAACUGGCGAACAGCGCAGUUCUGACGUUGGCUGCCAGUCGAAUGCUGUAGCUGACGAGCAGCAAAAGCAUGUUCCUGAUCAAGCGCUAUCCCUUGACACCUUUCAACAGUCUGGAGCUGGGAACGCCGAUUAG